AUGGACAACAAAACCAUAAGAUUCAUCGUUGGGAUCAUCGGAAAUGUCAUUUCACUAUAUCUAUAUCUUUCUCCAACACCAACAUUUGUAAAAAUUGUGAAAUUUAAAUCUGUAAAAGCAUUCAAGCCAGAUCCAUAUCUUGCGACUCUUUUAAGUUGUGUAAUGUGGAUCUUCUAUGGCCUCCCCGUUGUUCAUCCACAUAGUCUUCUCAUUGUCACAGUUAACAGUGCUGGUGUAUUAAUUAACGUCACCUUCUGCUCCAUCUUUUUCCGUUAUUCAGCAUGGCCUCUUCGUAAAAAGAUGAUUAUUGUUUUCAUUUUGGAGGCGAUUUUUAUAGCAGGAAUGGUAGCUGUUGCUUUGACACUAGAACACACACACCCUGCGAGAUCUAUGCUUGUAGGCAUACUGUGUGUCAUCAUGAAUAUUGUUAUGUAUGCAUCUCCACUAACAGUUGUGAAAACCGUGAUCAAGACAAAGAGUGUCAAGUACAUGCCAAUUUUUUUGUCGAUUGGCAAUCUUUUAAACGGAUCUAUUUGGAUCGUUUACGCUGCACUUGAUUUCGAUCCUUACAUCAUGGUUCCUAAUGUUUUGGGGGCAAUUUCGGGAAUGAUUCAAGUCGGAUUAUAUGUAAAGUACAACAAAACAACCAAUUGGGAUGAGGAAGAAGAACCACCUAAUGAGGUUGAAAUGCCUCCAUCUGCUUCCAAUGCAUAAUAGAAGAAUUAGCAAUCUUGUAAUCAGACACCAUUCUUUUAGUUGUUGCUAUACCAGAUAGUGUAUAUACACAUAAAUGAGGUAUUACAAUAUCGACCUCAG